CUACUACGUUCGCAGCCAUGGCGGGACAUAGAAUAUGCUUCUUGCUGCAGAGUGUUUGAUUUGACGGCUUUUGAAGGCAUUUGGUUUACAUGCUCGAUGGUUACACUGUGAAUUUGAGAAAAAAAAACUAGUAUUAUCGAGUAUCUAACAGAAGUUUAAUGAGUGAUAUACAUGCUAUUUUGGCCAGGUGGGCAACGUCUCCGGUCUACGGCACGCGUGUUUGAGUUGGAAUUUCGACCAGGGAAGGUGUUCUGAGGGUUUUCACACCAGAUAUUAUGUGGCACCGUAAUAUAUCGUAACCCUUUUAAUCACGAUGUUUUCUUCGAAUUAAACAAGUCAUAUUUCUGCUGGCAUUGGGUAGGUAGGCUAUCCGAAAUCGAACGACAAGAAAACACCUGCAUCACAUGGGGAUAUUUUUAUACCGGUCGCUCUAGCACUGCACACUCCCCUUGUCUGUGGCACCUCAAACGCCAUUGAAGUUGUCAGGAACUACUCCAAAGCCUAUGAGGACAUCGCCCUUCUGUGCAGAAGAGAGGAGCUCAAGUUCGGCACCUGCCUCAUUAACCGGCUGAAAUGUUACUAUAAGAAGGACUGUGGAAGGGAGUACAUGUUGAUGAAACUAAUCUGCUCAGGCAGACCUAGGGACUGUGACGGUGGCUCUGGAUCCCCCUGGAGUGAUCCAGCUCACCCUGCUCAUGCCCUGCUGGCUGUCUGUCAGAGUAGGGACAUACAGGAACAGACAGGCUCUACGCUGUGGCUCCCCAGACCACAUCCAUCAUCACUGUAAUUUCUGUUGAAUAGGGUGAAGGGGAUUUGAGAAGAGCCACUAAUGGCUGAAGUUUCUGCCUCCUGAGCUGACAUGAAAGAGUUCCACCCCGUGUAUUUAAAAAUUCUAACGGGUUGAGGAUUAAAUAUUAAACACUGCAGACUUGAGAAUCUAUUCCUCCGCUGAGGAAUGAAAAUCUUGGGAGUGUUCCUGACCUGCGGUCCACAGAGAGUGAGCUCGAACCAGAGCAGUGCCCAUGAGUACCCAGACUGCCGUGAUGGGGGCAGCGAGGCCAGCCUGCUGGUGUCACCGCUGGUGGUGGCUGGCAUCGUCAUCGGCCUGGUGCUCUUCCUGUCCUGCGUUACCAUCAUCGUGGGCAGCCUGCGCAAAGACAGCCGUCUGCGCAACCCCCACCUGCGGGCCAGCUAUGCUCCGGAUGGCUUUUCGUACGGCGGCUCCAUCGGGGAGCUGAGGUCGACGUGUGUCGAGGAGUUCCCUCCAGCGUUUGACUUUGACUCCUACGUGGAGACUCUAUCACAAGUGAAUGUGAUGUAUCCAGACUCCCCGCCUCACUAUGAUGAAUGUGUCGGACCAGGUGCGACACAGAUAUACGUCCCCACAGACGACCCCCCUCCGUAUUCCCUCACAGACCCCUGUCAGCGGGGCCACCAGCAGGCCACCUACACCAGCCUGGAGAUGGAGGAGCCGUCUGCUGGAGCUGGAGCCUCUUGGGUGUCCGCCAGCAGCGCCGCCGCCUCCCACUACGCAAUUGGACUGCACGAGCUCAGGCAGCAGCCAAUAUCCUCCAUCUCCCUGUCAGCGUUCCCCCUGGAGGAAGCGCCCCCGUACGAGGUGGUGGUGAGCAGGCAGAACCAGCCCAUCCCUCUGAUGCCCAUGGACCUGCUCAAACACCCAUCAGAAGACAGCCAUAGUCCCCAGAGAGCCCGGGCUGUCGCACACAGGAUCCUGUAGAGCUGACUGGGAUAGUCCUCUCCAAUGCUCUUUGUGCAGACAGCCACACACACACACA